AUGGCCCAACCCCCGCUCGAAACAUUCCAAAUUGGCUGGAUAUGUGCCCUUCCGAUCGAGGCUGCCGCAGCUAAAGAGAUGCUGGAUGAAAGUUUUGGCCUUCUCGGUGCGCAAGAUAGAUCCGACCCAAAUACCUAUACGCUGGGCCGAGUCGGGCAACAUAACGUUGCGAUCGCGUGCCUCCCUGCAGGGCAAUAUGGCAAUACCUCGGCCACCACGGUCGCAAAUAACAUGGUCCGCACUUUUUCGAAAUCGCUCCGCAUUGGGUUGAUGGUUGGUGUUGGAGGCGGCAUUCCGUCGGCUGCUCAUGAUAUACGACUUGGUGAUGUUGUGAUCAGUUGCCCAGAAGGUACUUCUGGAGGGGUUCUUCAGUAUGACAUGGGGAAAGUUGGUGUGGGUGGGGAAUUUCGUCGAACUGGGUCUUUGAACAGUCCGCCCAGGUCACUGUUGACGGCAGUCAACUUAAUGAGAGCUACCGAGCUUACGGAUGAUCCCCGAUUUCCGGAAUAUGUUGCUAGCGCGACCGAAAGAACCCCACGAACCCGGAAAAAUUUUGGCCGACCUGACGUACAACAGGAUCGAUUGUUUAAGCCGAAAAACGAGCAUCCGGCGACUGCAAUUAGCUGUGAUAAGUGUUCGGCGGAAUGGGAAGAGAGAAGAAGUGAACGCGAGAACAACGAUCCACAAUUACACUACGGGAUCAUUGCAUCUGGGAGUGCUGUCAUCAAACAUGGAUGGACCCGGGAGCAGCUGAGGCUAGCGACUGGGGCCUUGUGUUUUGAGAUGGAGGCAGCUGGGUUGAUGAUGGACUUUCCUUGUAUCGUCAUCCGCGGGAUCUGUGAUUACGCUGAUUCCCAUAAGAAUAAGCAGUGGCAAGGGUAUGCGGCCUUAACAGCGGCAUCGUGUGCUAAGGAGCUGCUGGGAUAUAUACCAGUGGGCCAUGUCUCGCAAGAGAGCUUAGUUGUUGAUGCAUGUAAUAAAUUGAAGGAUGAAAUUCAAGGCACAAAUAAACGCCUAGACAGAACAUACAAUCAACAAGAACAGCAUCAUCGUGAGAAGGUCACAGGAGCUUUGAUGGAUCGGCACCAACAUUGUCAUCAAGCUUUCAAGGUAUCAAAUUACACGGAGCAAAAGAAUAUCAAUCCGCGAAGAGUGGAAGGAACCUGUCAAUGGGCUCUUCAGAGCCCUGAAUAUAUCCGUUGGUGGGGGAGCAAUUCUAAUGACCUUCUAUGGGUGUCAGCCGAUCCAGGCUGCGGGAAGUCUGUACUGGCCAGAUCGAUUAUCGAUGACUAUGUGCAAGCUUCUACUCCAGCAGUGACGAUAUGUUACUUUUUUUUCAAGGACAAUGAUGAACAGAACCAUCUUUCUGCAGCAUUGUGUUCCGUACUACAUCAGCUCUUCAGCCAGCGGCCGCACCUCUUACGCUAUGCGAUACCGCCCUGGGAAAAGAACGGGCAGAAAAUCCGACAAGAAGUUGAUGAGCUAUGGCGGAUCUUCGUAACGGCAACAUCGGUGGAUGUAUCAUCCAAGACGAUAUGUAUAUUUGAUGCGCUUGAUGAAUGCCGUGAUAUUGAUCAGAAUCGAUUGAUUGAAAAGCUCCAGUUCUUCAACGGCCAGCCAUGUUCAUUACCACAGAAUACCUGUUUGAAAUUCCUGGUCACCAGUCGUCCCUAUGCCCACAUCCAGAAUCGCUUCCAGGUGAUCACGGGCUCGUUCCCACAUCUCAACCUGAAGGGGGAGGAGAAAAAUGAUCAAAUCCAUAAAGAAAUAGAUCUGGUCGUGAAGAUGCGAGUAAAGGAGCUGGCAGAAACAGCGUCAUUAUCAUGGGAUAUACAGCAGCGACUCGAGCAACAACUUUUGCAAAUGGAACACCGGACGUAUCUUUGGCUGCAUUUGGCAAUUGACGAUAUUCAAUCGACAUUCGAGAAUAGCCUUCGGCCUGCUGAGGAAUCAAUCCGAAUGAUACCUCCUUCAGUGAAUAAGGCAUAUGAAAAGAUUCUUAGUCGAGUCCCUUCAAGCCAAGUAAACACUGUGAGAAAGGUCUUACAGAUUACUGUUGCAGCACGGCGUCCUUUGACAGUCGCGGAAAUGGCCAUAGCUCUAGGCAUAGCCAUUUGCCCACAAUUGCGAACUGUGGCACAAGCUGGACUAGAUCCACUGCAGGUGGAGAAGAAGCUCCGUCGAUUAUGCGGCCUUUUUGUUUUCAUCAACAACUCCAAAAUCUACCUUAUUCAUCAGACAGCAAGGGAAUUUCUCAUAGAACAGACCAGUUCGAAUAGUGUCGAUUUCGCAUUCUCGUGUAGCCUCAGUGACAAUGAGGACCAAAUGGCCCAUAUAUGUCUGCGAUACUUGUUGAUGGAGGAUUUGGAAGAGGAUGAAGACGAAUCGUGCUCUAAUAUUCGAAGCUUUUUGACAUAUUCAGCAGUACAUUGGCCUGAUCACGUACGAAAGAUGACUCGGACGUCAGACAAAGAAGUAACGAAUCGACUGCAUCAACUAUACGAUAUUAGUGGGAAACGAUUUUCGCUAUGGUUUCCCAUUUUCUGGAGGGCGGUGAAGCCACACCGAUAUGUACCUAAGAUGAGAGCAUUGCAUCUAGCAGCAUUUAACGGCCAUGAGCAGGAGGUUCAAUUUCUACUUGCUGUUAACAAAACAGAUGUCAAUACAGCAGAUAAUACGACAGCAUACCCGCUGAUGUGGGCCUCGCUGAAUGGACACGACAAGAUCGGGCAGAUGCUACUAGAGCACGGAGCUAAUAUCAAUGCCCAAGGUGGAGAGUACGGAACUGCCCUCCAGGCUGCUUGUGCUGGGGGAUAUGACAAGAUCAUACAGAUGUUGCUAGAGCACGGAGCCGAUGUCAAUGCCCAAGGUGGAAAGUACGGGAAUGCCCUCCAGGCUGCUUGUGCUGGGGGAUAUGACAAGUUCGCGCAGAUGUUGCUAGAGCACGGAGCCGAUGUCAAUGCCCAAGGUGGAAAGUACGGGACUGCCCUCCAGGCUGCUUGUGCUGAGGGAUAUGACAAGCUCGUGCAGAUGUUGCUAGCGCGCGGAGCGGAUGUGAAUGCCCAGGGUGAAUAUUCUCCCUUUUUCUAUGUAACAUGCAAAAACGCUCUCCAGGUUGCUUGUCUCAAGGGGUACGACAAAAUCGCGGAAAUGCUGUUAGACCACGGAGCCGAUGUCAACGCUCAGGGUGGAGAGUUCGGGAAUGCCCUCCAGUACGCUUGUAGUGGAGAACAUCACAAGCUCGCGCAAAUGCUGCUAGAGCGCGGAGCCGACGUCAACACCCAAGAUGGUCGUUCCGGAUACGGACUCCUAGCUGCUUGUAUGCUAGGGAAUGACAAGAUCGUGAAGAUGUUGCUAGAGCACGGAGCUGAUGUCAAUGCCCACCAACGUGAAGAGCACGGAAAUGCGCUCCAUACUGCUUGUAUGCAGGGAAAUGACAAGAUCGUGAAGAUGUUGCUAGAGCACGGAGCCGAUGUCAACGCCCAGGGUGGUCGUUACGGGGAUGGUGGUCGCUACGGGAAUGCCCUACAUAUUACUUGCUUCAAAGGAAAAGACAAGUUCGUGCAGAUGCUACUAGACCACGGAGCCGACGUUAACGCCCAGGGUGGUCGCUGCGGAAAUGCCCUACAGAUUGCUUAUUUAGAGGGACAUGACAAGAUCGUGGAGAUGUUGCUAGAGCAUGGGGCUGAUGUCAAUGCCCAGAGUGGAAAGUACGGAACAGCCCUCCAGGCUGCUUGUGCUGGGGGAUAUGACAAGUUCGCGCAGAUGUUGCUAGAGCACGGAGCCGAUGUCAAUGCCCAAGGUGGAAAGUACGGGACUGCCCUCCAGGCUGCUUGUGCUGAGGGAUAUGACAAGUUCGCGCAGAUGUUGCUAGAGCACGGAGCCGAUGUCAAUGCCCAAGGUGGAAAGUACGGGACUGCCCUCCAGGCUGCUUGUGCUGAGGGAUAUGACAAGUUCGCGCAGAUGUUGCUAGAGCACGGAGCCGAUGUCAAUGCUCAAGGUGGAGAGUACGGAACUGCCCUCCAGGCUGCUUGUGCUGAGGGAUAUGACAAGCUCGCGCAGAUGUUGUUAGAGCGCGGAGCCGAUAUCAAUGCUCAUGCUCAAGGUGGAGAGCACGUAAAUACCGCCCUCCAGGCUGCUUGUGUUGAAGGACACGACAAGAUCGCACAGAUGCUGCUAGAUCGAGGAGCCGAAAUCAAUGCCCAGGGUGGACAUAUAGGAAGUGCCCUCCAGGCUGCUUAUGCUGAAGGACACGACAAGGUCGCACAGAUGCUGCUAGAGCGAGGAGCCGAUGUCAAUGCCCAAGGUGGAAAUUAG